GCAAUCGCCGGCGAAACUCGGAGUUAUGGCAAUGGAGGAGCCAAGGAAGCUGAGAGGCCACAAAUCAACUGCCACAUGUUGUAUAGCUUCUCGUGAAAGGCCUGGACUUGUUCUCACUUCCGGCGAGGAUGGUUGCGUUUGCUGGUUUGAUUUGAGAUGUAAAGAUGUUCAAUUCAUCAUCGACAUUGGAACAGAACCUGUUUCAUCUCUCUGUUUCAAGACAGGUAAUGAGAACAUUCUCUAUGCUUCUUAUGGAAACGAAAAACCAGGUUGUAUGCAAUGGAAGAUCAUCUUUUCUUGCUUCUGCAGAUGAUUCUGGUGAUAUUAAGAUCAUCGACAUUGGUCAGAAACGCCUUUAUAAAACCCUUAGAGCUGGUCAUUCAAGUAUAUGCAGUUCUGUGCAAUUCAUUCCAUGGAGACCUUGGGAAGUUAUAACUGGUGGACUUGAUUCAAAGCUUAUUUUAUGGGAUUUCUCAAAGGGUCGCUCACAAAAGAUUAUAGACUUUGGUUCCGAUACACAUAGCAGCAACUCAGGACAAUGCCUAAACCCUGCAUUUGUUCACUCGAUAGCAAUCCCGGAAGUGGACAUGGUUGAUAAGUUACACAAGAUAUGCGCAGUUGCUAGAGGUGAUGGAAUUGUCGAUUUGAUCAAUAUCGAAUCAGAACUUUCCCGAAAAGGAACAUCAUCGAAAGGAAGCAGCAGCAGCAGCAGUAGCAACAAUGUGAUCAAAAGGGUUUGUUUAGAUUACUCUGUUGGUGGACACAAUGCUGCUGUGUCUUGUGUCGCCUUUUCUCUGUUUCAGGAGAAAGGUAGAUUCUUGAUCUCAGGUGGUAAUGAUAAGACAGUCAAAAUAUGGGAUUGCUUUAAAUGUCUUGAUCCAGACAACAACAACAACAACAACAACAACAACAACAAUAACAGAGAUUUCCUCCAUUUGAAUAUUAACUUAAGCAAGAAGGUGAAUUGGCUUUGCACGAAUCAAUCGGUUUCUGAGAAUCUUGUUGUUUGUGACACCACCAGAGUAGUUAAGGUUUACUCAAUCACCUAAGUAGGCCUGAUGGAUCAUAAAAUGGCUUAUGUUUGUUUCAUAUUAUUAUUUUUGAACUUUCUCAAAGUAGUUGCUUUAUCCACAAGUUAGUUCUUUGUUCGUCACUUUCAUUUUCCAAAUUAUGAAGACUAAAAAUACUUGGAUAACUAUGCUUUAGUACUUAUAGAGUUAAUAAUAUAAAGCUUUACUAUA